CCGAGCGAGCUCCGCAGGAGACACAGGCGCUGGCUGCCCCGUCCGCUCUCCGCCUCCGCCGCGCCCUCCUCGCCCGGGAUGGGCCCCCCCACCGCCGCCGGAUCCCUCGCCUCCCGGCCGCCGCCGUUGCGCUCGCCGCGCUCGCACUGAAGCCUGGGCCCUCGCGCGCCGCCGUUCGCUCCGCAGCCUCGCCUCCUGCCCACCCGGGCGGCCGUAGGGCGGUCACGAUGCUGCCGCCCGCACCCUCCCGCCUCGGGCUGCUGCUGCUGCUGCUCCUGUGCCCGGCGCACGUCGGCGGACUGUGGUGGGCUGUGGGCAGCCCCUUGGUUAUGGACCCUACCAGCAUCUGCAGGAAGGCACGGCGGCUAGCCGGGCGGCAGGCCGAGUUGUGCCAGGCUGAGCCGGAAGUGGUGGCAGAGCUAGCCCGGGGCGCCCGACUUGGGGUGCGAGAGUGCCAGUUCCAGUUCCGCUUCCGCCGCUGGAACUGCUCCAGCCACAGCAAGGCCUUUGGACGCAUCCUGCAACAGGACAUUCGGGAGACGGCCUUCGUGUUCGCCAUCACCGCGGCAGGCGCCAGCCACGCCGUCACGCAGGCCUGUUCUAUGGGCGAGCUGCUGCAGUGCGGCUGCCAGGCGCCCCGCGGGCGGGCGCCUCCCCGGCCCUCCGGCCUGCCCGGCACCCCCGGACCCCCUAGCCCCGCGGGCUCUCCGGAAGGCAGCGCCGCCUGGGAGUGGGGAGGCUGCGGCGACGACGUGGACUUCGGGGACGAGAAGUCGAGGCUCUUUAUGGACGCGCGGCACAAGCGGGGACGCGGAGACAUCCGCGCGUUGGUGCAACUGCACAACAACGAGGCGGGCCGGCUGGCCGUGCGGAGCCACACGCGCACCGAGUGCAAAUGCCACGGGCUGUCGGGCUCAUGCGCGCUGCGCACCUGCUGGCAGAAGCUGCCUCCGUUUCGCGAGGUGGGCGCGCGGCUGCUGGAGCGCUUCCACGGCGCCUCACGCGUCAUGGGCACCAACGACGGCAAGGCCCUGCUGCCCGCCGUCCGCACGCUCAAGCCGCCGGGCCGAGCGGACCUCCUCUACGCCGCCGAUUCGCCCGACUUCUGCGCCCCCAACCGACGCACCGGCUCCCCUGGCACGCGCGGUCGCGCCUGCAAUAGCAGCGCCCCGGACCUCAGCGGCUGCGACCUGCUGUGCUGCGGCCGCGGGCACCGCCAGGAGAGCGUGCAGCUCGAAGAGAACUGCCUGUGCCGCUUCCACUGGUGCUGCGUAGUACAGUGCCACCGCUGCCGUGUGCGCAAGGAGCUCAGCCUCUGCCUCUGACCCGCCGCCCGGCCGCUAGACUGACUUCGCGCAGCGCUGGCUCGCACCUGCGGGACCUCGGGGCACCGGCACCGGGCGCCGCUCGCCGCUCGCCGCUCGCGCCCAUCUUCUCUCUGCCAAAGCCUAACUCCCAGGCCUCUGGAAAUGGUGAGGCGAGGGGCUUGAGAGGAACGCCCACCCACGAAGGCACAGGGCGCCGGACGGCCCCGAAAAGGCGCUCGGGGAGCGUUUAAAGGACACUGUACAGGCCCUCCCUCCCCUUGGCCUCUAGGAGGAAACCAAAAAGCCAGUCUAAAGGCCUCUGGACACUGGGCUCCCCAGAACUGCUGGCCACGGGAUGGUGGGUGAGGUUAGUAUCAAUAAAGAUAUUUAAACCAC